CCACCACGCGCACCAGUGCACGCGACGCCUACAACUUCAACUAAACACUGAUGAACUCCCAGGGCGGUAGCAUACGCUGGUCAUAUUUUCACUCUGCGCUUCAACUCGCCGUUCGGCGCUCAGCGAGAAAGUGGACAUACGAAGAUUUUGCAGAAUGUUUCCCGACGUAUACCAAGGAAGAUAAGGACGGCUCCACCGCAAUUUUCAAUCAAAUAUCGGACUACAUUGAGUCUCAGUCGUUCCGAGAUCUAGACAAACUAUUUCGAAGUUUCAAUGUCCAGAAGAAUAUCGACAUUCUACAUCGAGUCAUUAACGAGGCUAAGGAGCGAAAGGCUGCAGGAAUACAGCGCAACGAUGAAUGGAAAGAAGACCUCGAACCUCGAGCAGCUAUCGCUGCCAGAACAAUUCCUAAAUUACAGGAGGAGAACACUCGACUGCGAGAAAUUCUCUCUCAGAUUGAACAAGAAAAUAAUGCCUUGAGUGCUCGGUUACAGGACACAGCAAAACGAACCGAUGAAAAUGAUGAGCAAACACUGAGGUUGCUUAAGAAACUGGAUGAUGUUUUGGAAGAAUGGAAAAUAUUGCCAUCGGAGGAACUAGAAACGUGGACGAGACAAACUAUGGAGUCCACCAAGCCCUUUAUGCGUUCAUAGCGAGGCGUUCAUGCUCUGGAGUGUAUUCCAUCUCCUACCUAUAAUACAUCAGGACGACCGAACCACCGCUGCCACUUCCGUCUCCUCUGAGUCCUCCUCAUAUGCCAUGUUUAGGCCUGGAUAAGUUCAGGAACAGUCCUUCAGUAUAUCUCGUCGUACAGACUCAGCCGAUGGGAGGAGGAAAAGGAUCCUCCCUCAAGUACCGUGCUGGGCGACGAGUUUGCUCACUGUUUUGC